UAAAUUUAAUGUAUUUUAGCAAUAAUAAUAUUAAUAAUAACAAUAUUGUUAUCAAUAUAUUUUACUAAGAAUAUAUAUUUAUAUAUAUAUAAUUUUUAACUAAUAAAAUGAAUUCAUAUAUAUCAAGUGUUUACUUGAUUAACAAAGCUGGUGGUUUGGUUUAUCAACGCGAUAACUGGGUAAAUGAAGUGGAAAUCGAAAAGACGUUUGGAUAUCCUCUUGGGAUGGUUUUAAAAGAGGUUGAUGAUAAAGUUAUUGUAACAUUUGGUGAGAAAGAUGGCGUAAAGGUUGGAUAUUCUUUAUUAUCUAUAAAUGGCCAAAUUACUAAUGGAAAACUGCUUGCUGAUGGUACACCAAUUUUAAAGCAUUUGAAUAAUGAAAGUAACUUUCCUGUAUCUUUAAAGUUUGGUAAACCACGAUUAAGCACAAAUGAAAGAAUCAUGCUAGCUUCUAUGUUUCAUUCAUUGUUUGCUAUUUCCUGUAAAUUGUCACCUGUCGAAAAAUCAUCUGGAAUUGAAAUUAUGGAAACUAAUUCCUUUAAGCUUCAUUGUUUCCAAUCAAUAACUGGAGUUAAAUUUUUAGUCUUGACAAAUACUAAGGUGUCAAACAUGGACGUUUUUCUAAAAAAGAUGUACGAAAUAUAUUCUGACUUUGCUUUGAAAAAUCCAUUUUAUUCUUUAGAAAUGCCUAUCCGUUGUGAUUUAUUUGAUAAUGCACUUCAAAAACUAAUUGAGCAGACUGAGAAAAGUUUGUCACAUGGCCAAGGAGUUACUUAAUUAUACUUUACUGCUGUGUUUUUGUCUGAUUGUAGUGAAUGAUUUUUUUUAUAUAUGAUAAAGUUUUCUUUAUUUUUAA